UGUGCUUGUUUUCCAUACUAACGGAGGUUGAAACUGUUCAAAACUGGCAAAAAUCGAAUCUCAUCAAAGGAACAAGGUUGAUGGCACCAGCAUGGAAGAUCUUGUAAUAACACCAUGUAUCAAUCAAGUCUGGGAAAGGGGUAAAAAUGCAAGUUACAUAAACAUUGGCAAGCAAAUAGACAGAUGGAAUGCUCUAAAGGACCAAGUUCAACUGGAAACUAAUGAGAGCCUAGCGAAACAUGUUAUUGAUGUCUACCACAUGUUUAUCAGACUUUGUUCUGAACAAUACGAGGAACCAGGUUUUAUUCAAGGUGAUGAUGAAGAUGAUGAAGAUGAUGAAGAAGAAUGCAUCAGUUCAUUUGUGGUAAACAAUAAAGAGCAGUGCCAGUCAGACCAGAAUAAUUCCAUUUGUCAGGAUGCUGCAGACUCCAGUAAAGAUGGAGAUGUUUCCCUAGUUCAUGAUAAUUGCAAUAUUGAAAUUAAUUCUGUCCAAAGAGGGAGAGACAUACCAAAUCAAGAAGAGAGUGACUUUGAAGAAGACAUUGAAAACUUUAUUACACAACUUCCUGAUAACCAACAAUUAAGUAUACCAAGAAGUAAUGAGAGUGAAAAAAACACUGAUAUUUUUCAAGGUCCUUUAUUAAAGGAUGCAUUAUGUCAAUCAAACAAGACGGGAAAUGGAAAGGAAAAAGGUCCCUUCUCCUGCAGGACUUGUGGUAAACAAUUUCAGUUUUUAUGUCGAAUUAAACGUCAUGAGGCUAUGCAUGUUCGACCAGCCACACUAAAGCCAUAUACUUGUUGUCUCUGUGGGAAGGGAUUUUUUAAGUAUGCAGCCCUAAAAAACCAUGAAACAAUCCACACUGGUAAAAAAGUAUUCCAAUGUCAGUUUUGUUUCAAAGAAUUUGCACGUAAAAUAAAUUGUAUUUACCAUGAGGGAAUUCACACUGGUGAAAACGUAAGGAAAAAGAGCAGUGAAAGAGAAAAAGGUCCCUUCGAUUGCCAUACUUGUAAAAAACAAUUUCGAUUUUUAAGCCGUCUUAAACGCCACGAGGAAACUCACUUGCGACCACCCAGAGAUAAACCGUAUAAGUGUUGCAUAUGUGGGAAGAAGUUUGUUAAGUAUUCAGCACUUCAAACGCACGAACUUAUUCAUACAGGCGAGAAACCAUACAAAUGCCAGUUUUGUACUAAAGCAUUUGCUUUAAAAGUAAACUGUAUGCAACACGAGAGAAUUCACACGGGAGAAAAGCCAUAUGAAUGUCAAUACUGUGAGAAAAAAUUUAGCGAUAGCCAAGGCUGCCGAAAUCAUGAAAGGAUUCACACGGGGGAGAAGCCAUUCAAGUGUCAGCACUGCGAGAAAUCAUUUCCACGAAGGAGUAACCUUACAAAGCAUGAAAGAAUUCACAAUGGAGAGAAACCAUACAAAUGUCAAAUUUGUGAGAAAUCAUUUACUGAAAAACGUACACUCAAAAACCAUCAGAGGGUUCACUCAGGAGAGAAACCCUUCAAGUGUAGUAUCUGUGAGAAAUCAUUUGCACGUAAGGACGCCUGCAAAGUACACGAGAGGAGUCACUCGGGAGAAAAACCAUUCAAGUGCGAACUCUGUGAUAAAAGUUUCGGACACAGCUUCUCUCUUAAAAAACAUAGAAAACUUCAGCAUUCUGAAAAUUCGCUUUCAAAAAAGAAUUGAGUGUAUUUCAAUACAUGUUUUGAAUACUGUUUGAAUUAAAGAAAAUCUUUGAGAGCGCACACAGAGGCUUAUGAUAGCAAGAGACGGAGUGUGUAAUUUAGUAUCACAUUAUCUACUCCACUUAGUUAAUCUUACGGUGGUUUUGUUCAAAAUGGUGGAAAAAGCCCCCUAAUGUCCCU